AGAAGGAAGGAGGCGCGGGCCUGGGCCUCGGAGGCGGAGGUGGGCCCCGAACCAAAGAGGGGGGGGUCCCCCAGCCUGAGCCUGAGAGCGCGCCUGCCCCACUCAGCGAGGACCGAGAGAUGCCGGUGCUGAAGCAGCUGGGCCCCGCGCAGCCCAAGAAGCGGCCUGAGCGCGGCGCCCUGUCCAUCUCCGCGCCGCUCGGCGACUUCCGGCACACGCUGCACGUGGGGCGCGGCGGCGACGCCUUCGGGGACACUUCGUUCCUGAGCCGUCACGGCCAGCCCCCGCCGCCUGCCCUCCGCGCGCCCGCGCCCGCCGACCCGCUGCUGUCCUUCCACCUGGAUUUGGGCCCCUCCAUGCUGGACGCGGUGCUGGGCGUCAUGGACGCGGAGCGCCCGGGGGCCGCUGCCGCCAAGCCCGACUUGGACCCCAGCUCCGGGGCACAGCACUCCAGGGCCCACUGCCGCCCCAACGCGGAUCUCGAGCUGGACGACGUCAUCGGCCUGUAGGCACCCCUGUUUCCGACGCGUUUACCGUCCGGCAUCCUACUUCUUUAUACAUAAACGGCUAAGGUCUCUGCUCCGA